GGUAAAAAAAAUUAUUUUUCUGUCGUGUUUCUUCAAUUGGACAUUUCUUGGUCAUUUACAAUAAUUUUUGAAGAAUUUUCUGAAAUUAAUGAAAGAAUAUAAAUAGACAGACAAUAAGUGUAAAAUCGGCAGUCGAUAUGAGUUUAAAUUACGAAGAAAUGAGUUGGAGAGAUGUGCGCGAUCAUUUUCGCAAAUGGAGGGAAGACAAUGAAAGGCGCAGCGAUGAUGUUAUUCAGCUUUGGGAAGCUAUACUAGAAGAUAAAGUGGCAAAAACCGGCAAUGAAAGACAUUUAAUAUUGGAACAGGUUAUCUUGGCAGCCUUGGAUACCUCACGCUUUGAUGUUGCUGGCAGGUGUAUUAAGGAGUUGAGUGUGGAGUUUCCGGGCAGUAUGCGGGUCAUGAAGUUUAAGGCAAUGCGCCUUGAAGCCAUGGAACGCUACACAGAAGCUGUUGAAGUUUUAGAUGCUAUUAUUGCCAAAGAUGAGACUAACGCUGCACCGAGAAAGCGCAAAAUUGCCAUACUUAAAGCCAAAGGUCGUCGCAUCGAUGCCAUUAAGGAACUGAAUGAAUAUCUGAAAAAAUUCAUGAUAGAUCAAGAAGCUUGGCAGGAGUUGUGUAAUCUGUAUCUGGCUGAAGGUGAUUAUUCCAAAGCUGCCUUUUGUAUGGAAGAAGUUCUUUUACACAAUCCACAUAGCCAUUUAAUACAUCAAAGACUCGCAGAUAUUCGUUACACUAUGGGCGGAGCAGAAAAUAUAGACGCUGCCCGAACCUAUUAUUCACAGGCAUUAAAACUUAAUCCAAACAACUUGAGAGCACUUUAUGGUAUAUAUUUGUGUUGCAGCAGCAUAGCCAAUUCAAGAGCGUUAGGUUCAAAACGUAAAGAAGCCUAUAAAAUGGCCCAAUGGUCUUUGGAGCAGGCCAACAAACUAACUUCACAGGUGUCCAAAAUAGAAAACAAUGAUAAGAUAAUUGCCUCGCUCGAAAGUGCGUUUGGACAUUUGGAAAUUAAAUCCUAUUGACCAGAACGAUGACCGACCUCAAGAGCAUUUAUUUGUAAAAGCCUUUUAUGUCAAUGAAUGUCCCAAAAAAAAUUAAAGAAAAUGUUAACAAGAAGAAUCGGUGUAAAGUUAGAUUUACACCCACCCACAUAAACACACACAUAUAUACAUUCACGUAUAAUUACAACCUACAUACAUUGAAACACCUACAUAUAUAUAAAUAUACGUACAUGUCUAUAGCGUAACAAAAUAAAACAAAAAGAGUCCAAAGAAGCGACAAAGACGACAAACGUAAGACAUACUACAUACAACAUAAAUGUAAUACGGAAACGGAAGCAAAAGAAAACAAUAUUUAUGGUCAAAUUGUUAUUAUAAAGUAAUUAGCAAUAUCCAAUUCUUUGAAUUGGUUCAAUAGUUAAA